AUGGAAGCUCCUCGUGAAACCGUCGCGAUGGAAGCUGAUCCCUUCAAUGACCAAGCUCGUGCUGAGGAAGCUCGCGAACGUCGUUACCGUGCCCUGGCAAAGAUCGACGAAGCUCCCUUCGGCUGGCAGCAUCUCCGCGCCAUCGUUGUUGCAGGCGUCGGUUUCUUUACUGACAGUUAUGACAUCUUCGCCAUCAAUCUGGCUGUCGGCAUGCUGGGUGUCGUCUACUGGCAGGGCGAACACAAAGGCAAGAUCCCCUCCGCUGCCGACACUGCUAUCAAGGUCUCGACUUCUGGUGGAACUGUCAUCGGUCAGUUGUUUUUCGGUUGGCUUGCGGAUCGUAUUGGCCGCAAGCGCAUGUAUGGCAUUGAGUUGAUGGUCAUUAUCAUGGCUACGCUUGCUCAAGCUCUGUCGUCUGCCUCUGUUGCUGUCUCCAUCGCUGGUCUUCUCGUCUUCUGGCGUGUCAUCAUGGGAAUUGGCAUCGGUGGUGAUUAUCCUCUUUCUUCGGUUAUUACCUCUGAGUUUGCGACUACCAAAUGGCGUGGUGCCAUGAUGGGUGCCGUCUUCGCCAUGCAAGGAUUUGGACAAUUCGCUGCUGCUAUCAUUGCUUUGAUUGUCACUGCUGGCUUCAAGGAAUCCCUGGAGUCUGCCAAAGAUGUUGGUCACUGCACCGGUGCCUGUCAGAUGGCAGUUGACAAGAUGUGGCGAGUGAUCAUCGGAUUCGGAGCAGUACCUGCCUGUUUCGCCCUUUACUACCGCCUCACUAUUCCCGAGUCUCCCCGAUUCACUUUCGACGUCCAACAUGAUCUUGUAAAGGCCGAUGAAGAUGUCAAUGCCUAUCUCGGGGGCCGAAGUGAAGGCCAUCCUGAUGAGAUUGAUCGUGCCCGCAUCCUGCACGGUAACACAUUUGCACCUCCUAAGGCGGGUUUGCGAGACUUCGUUCACCACUUCAGUCAGUGGGAGCAUGGCAAGGUUCUCCUUGGUACUGCUGGAUCGUGGUUCUUCCUGGACGUCGCCUUCUAUGGCCUGGGUCUCAACAACUCCAUUAUUCUCUCGGCUAUUGGCUGGACUGGAGGCAAGAAUGUCUACGAGGUCUUUUAUCGCAACGCAGUGGGCAACCUGAUCCUGAUCUGUGCCGGCGCAAUCCCCGGUUACUGGGUCACCGUUGCAACUGUGGACACCCUCGGCCGCAAGCCCAUUCAGCUAAUGGGAUUCGGAAUGCUCACAAUCCUAUUCAUCAUCAUCGGAUUUGCCUACAAUAAAUUGAUCCACACCCACAACGGCCUUCUCGCGCUGUAUGUCAUUGCCCAGUUCUUUUUCAACUUCGGACCCAAUGCCACUACAUUCAUUGUACCUGGCGAAUGCUUCCCUACCCGCUAUCGAUCUACCUCGCACGGAAUCAGUGCUGCGACUGGUAAGGUCGGAGCAAUCAUCGCACAGUGUGUUUUCGGUCCCCUCGUUCACCACGGCGCAAAGAAGCCCGACGAUUCGCCUUGGCUCAACCACGUUAUGCAGAUCUUCUCCCUGUUCAUGCUCUGUGGCUUUGCUACUUCUUGGUUGAUCCCCGAGACCAAGCGUCAGACUUUGGAGGUUCUCUCUGGUGAGCCGGACUCAUCUGCUCCCGUCAGCCCGUAUGUCUUCGCCAAGGACGAGGGCAAAGAUGACCACCUGACUCCACAUGCCAUCACUACCUCGACUGUUCACGUUGGCUAG